AUGGAAAGAGCCCUAGCAGCAUACAAGGCCUUCCGGUCAUCGAAAGCCCUAAUCACCUUCACCGUAGCCUACGCCGUCUUCACCGACCAGUUCCUCUUCGCAGCCAUAAUCCCCGUGGCACCAUUCUCCCUCCACACACAAAUCGGCAUACCCGAGGAUAAAGUACAAUUCUGGACAGCGAUCCUUCUCGCAGUCUUCGGCAUCGCAGCAUUCGUCACAUCAGUACCAUGGGGAUGGUACACAGACCGGAGCACAUCUCGACGGAUGCCUUUCACCAUCGGCUUGUUGAUCUUGCUUGGAGCGACUUUCAUGCUGUGGUUCGGGAAUCACAUCGUGGCACAGGUUAUUGGAAGACUUCUGCAGGGCUUCUCGAGCACUGUCGUGUGGACUACUGGACUUGCUGUGCUGGUUGAUACUGUUGGACAUGGGCAGAUUGGGGAGUAUAUGGGGUAUGUCGGCAUCGCUCUCAAUGUGGGAAGCCUCAUCGCACCGCUUCUUGGUGGUGUUAUGUACCAGAGUGCUGGCUUCAAUGCUGUGUUCGGGAUGAUUGUUGGUGUGGUUGUCCUGGACAUCCUGCUUCGAUUUGUCAUGAAGGAGAAGAGCCUCGUUGCUGAGGAGGAUCUGGUCACUGAGUCAAGCGAUGAAGUCGACCUCGAAGCUGGUAAAGCUGAGAGAAAGACUUCAGUCAUCACCGUCCGUCCAGUCAGAACAGACACAAUGGAGUCGAUAGUCGAUCCCGGCACAGCCUCACCCCGACGAUUGAGCGGACGAACUAUGUCCUUCCCGAGCAGACGACCCAGCGACGCUCCAGCCUCUCCACUUGCAGCCGUCAUCCAAAGCUGGAGAGCUACCGGCAUCACAACAUCAGACUGUCCUCUUCAGGCCGUUGAAGAGAAGUCGAGCGGAGACAGCACCUCUCGUGGAGACAGUCUCUUCAGCGGAGACAUCAUCCCCAGUCCCGAAGGCUCCAACGGUGACCUCAGAGCCAGCCUUCACCGCUACAGCCUUCAACCCCGUCCGCAGCACCCGCCCUCGAAAGUGCCCCGCAUCCUCCGCCUCCUCUGCUCAACUCGCAUGACAGUCACGCUCUGGUCAGUCCUCGUCUUAGCGGGUACAUUCUCCGGCUUCCAAGCGACAUUGCCCCUCUUCGUGAGCAGUACUUUCCACUGGAAUGCAACGGGUGGUGGUCUGGUCUUCUUGCCGUUGAGCGCUCCAGCCCUGGUCGGUCCUGCCGUCGGCAAACUUCAAGAUCGAUUCGCGGGUUCUGGGAGAUGGUUUGCGUUCGCAGGCUUUGCAGUUUUGUCCGUUGCACUGAUAUUGCUGCGACUCGUAGAGCACAAUAACACUGGCCAGAAAGCGUUGCUGAUUGUUCUGCUGACUCUCAUCGGAAGCUGUAUGCCUCUGGCGCUGGAGCCACUUUUUGGGGAGACCAUCUAUGGAGCUGAUCAGAUUGACCUUGCAGACCGCGAGGCUGGGAUCGUGAGAGAAGGUGGUGCGGGGAGUUAUGGGCAAGCGAAUGCUUUGUUCAAUAUGGCGUGGGCUGGGGGAUGUGCUCUGGGGCCGGUGCUGGCUGGGACUAUGAUUGAUCAUGUUGGUUAG